AUGUCUCUCACCAACUAUAUAGACCCGGAGAAUGCUCCCAACUAUGAGGACAUGGAGAAGCAGUUUGCAGUGAAAGCCGUUCAGCAUAUGUCGGUGUACUGGUCCAUCCUCGAAAAGCUGCCUGGGUCAAGACUCCGACUCACAAGACUAGACGAUGAUAUUCUAGAACACUUCAAGCGAGAAUUCCCGGACUUUGACCCUGAUAAAGAGAUUGAUGAGGAGCAGAUGAAAAGUAAAGAAGGCAAGGAGAAGUGGCGUAAUUUUGCGCUAGUCUAUGAAAAGGGCGAGAAGAAAAUCGAGGACUACAAUUUCGGCACUAUGCUGAGGAAGAGUCCGAAAACUGAGUAUGGAGAGAAGGAAACGAUCUUUGUCGUUCGAAUGCAGUUCUAUGCAAUUGAAAUCGCCCGGAAUCGUGCCGGUCUUAACGACUGGAUUUAUGAGCACGCUCAGAAGGAGGCCGCCAAUAAGUCUUGA